UACAACUGUUAGCAGCCGAAAACUAACAGUUAAACAGUCCCGGGUCCGGAUUUAACUUUCGUGUUCGUACAAGUCAACGAAUGACAACAAAGCGUAUAACAUUGGUUUAGUGUGUUGUUUUAUCAAAGUGGGGAUAAUUCUAGAAAAUGGCCGACGACGACCUAGAGUACCAUAUUACUUUUCCGUCGCCAACAUCUUCAACGCUGGAGUACGACGUUAAAUCCCAACCCCAACCCAAUAUCCAACUCAUUCACUCUUCAACGCUGGCCCCUGUGGAUGAGCCUGAAUCUUGUGAAGACGACGUAAAUGGCGCGGCGCUGUACGGUGGAGAUGGAAGAAAUGCUGGAGAAAAAGAACCGGUAGUAAUCUUACUUGGAUGGGCUGGGUGCAAGGACAAAUAUUUGUCGAAGUACAGUGACAUGUAUGAUAAAAAAGGCUGUAUCACCAUACGCUAUACUGCUCCACCAGAAGCUAUUUUCCUAAACCCACGCAAAACAGAAACGAUAGCUAGAAAAAUUUUGGAACUUAUCCCAGAGUUGGGCUUGGAGGACAAUCCAAUUUUCUUCCAUGUAUUUAGUAAUGGAGGUGGAUUUGUGUACAGAUCAAUUACUGAGUUUCUUCACCAGGACAGCCAGUUUUCUAUGAUACAUGUGAAGGGAUGUGUCUUUGAUAGUUGCCCUGGAUAUCGACGCCUAGGGUCAGCUGCAAGAGCUUACAUGAGUGUGAUUAAAACCUAUAAUAUUCUUGUUCGAUAUUUCCUUGCUCUACUCCUGGUAAUAUACCUGACUCUAUUCCGUGCCUUUGAUACUGUCGUGUCCCUUUUCAAAAAGAAGGAUACUGUACACAGAUUUUAUGAAGCUAUGAAGAAUGACAAAGCACGUUGGCCACAGCUUUAUUUGUACUCAAAGAGUGAUGAGAUUAUCCCAUAUGGAGAUAUUGAAGAAGUUCUUGGUCAUCGUCGCAGCCUAGGAAUUUUAGUGUACAGUGUAUGCUGGGAGGAUUCAGCUCACGUGGCUCAUUUGAGAGCUCAUCCCACAGCCUACACCCAGCAGUGUACGUAUUUCAUAGACAAGUGUCUUAGUGUGCAGAAUGACUGAAUAUGUGGAGUUUUAGUGUAGCACAGAAGAUUUGUUUGUUUCUACACAACCUUAGCAGUCAACUGCAUAACUAGAACUGCUGGUAUUAUAGCUUUCAUGCUGCUGUUCAUUCCAAGAUGUACACCUGAGAAAGUGCUGCGAACAAGAUAGCACCAACACCUUGCUGCAGAUCCACAAACGUCGCUGUAAGUGAUUAUGUAGCCAGUGGGUCUUUUAAAGUACUAUCAUUGUUUUUUCAUUGUUAUUUGACAAAAUGCAUGGCCAGUUUCAAAAGGUAAAUGCAUGACCUAUUGUUGGAGUAUUUUAAACACUACAACAAUUUCAUAUGUCACCAUGUGAUGCUAGUUCAAUCUUUAAAAAGCUGAAAACAUUGUUUUGAAAAAGCUAUACUGGAGAUAUUUGACAAAAAAUCCUUAUUUGCUAAACAAACUUCUCCCUGUACUACUUACGGUGUUAAAGCGAUACUGAAGCUGGAAAAAGCUACAAUGUGCCCAAAUUUAUCAAUUAUACGUACCUCAUUUGUGCAAGUGUGUGAUUAAUUGCCAAACAUUUCUGGUAUAGUUUAACUAUAUUAUGUGUGAUAAAUUCAGUUUUGCUUUGAUGAUGGCCGACUUACAUUUAGCAGAUUUCUUGAGGGCCCUAUCGACCAAAAAUUCCUGUUCCUCACCAGUUCAUGCACCAAAUGGUGAUCUCACUUGUUGGUAUUGCUGUGGUAACCGUAAUAAAAUGUUCACUUCAUUUUAUUGAAACUCUGCUCAAGAGUGAUUUUUGUGUUUUGAGUAUUGCUGUGUAAUGUUCAUUUGUUACUCAUUUGUCAUAUUAGGAAUCUAAUGGUACUGUGGUGCCUGUAGCUCUGUCACAAUGUUUGAAUGUGGAUGUUCAGGACAUGAAUACCAGUGUGACGAUUGUACAGCACAGCAUUAUCAUCAGCAAGUCAAUGUAUUAAUUAUUCAGUUGGUAGUUGAACUUUUAUGUGUGAAAACUUUUAUGUGAUUGAUUUGUCUUUAAAGUGAUUGUUUUUGUUCAUGUACAUUUAAUAUAGAUGCAUGAUAUUUUGAGCGACCUGCUGCAACACGUGUAUUUCAAACAGGUGAGGUUGAACUGUGAAAACUUGAGUGACCUGUCAUCAUAUUGUGCCAAUUUUAACAAUUUCUCUGAAGAACUGGUUUUGAUUUAAAUAGUGGGAAGUGCAUUUAGAGAUAAUAUUUCUUGCUGUGUAGUAUGAUGUGUUAUUAGUUUAUUAUUGCUAAAUUGUGAUACAUACUACUGCCAUGUGAAUUGUGUACAUGUUAAAAAAAAAAAAGAAGAAAAAAAGACACCCCCUCCCCCCAAAAAAAGAAAACAUCAUUAAAUAAUACAGUGGACUUGUUUUGCCCUGUUAUUUGCCUGUUAUGAUUAUUUGUGUAUAUAGGCAGAAAAUAUCAAACACAACAGACAACAUACUGCUUGAUGAGAAUAUGAAUAAAACUGUUUGUUGUGUUGUUUUCUUUUCUAGUCGUUUAAUUGUCACUUCUUUACUUGUCACAGUACCGACCUUCAUGUGAAAGUAUUUGCUCCCAGAUCUCUCUGUUUUGUGAUAUUGUAAAUGUUAGUUAUUUUUUUAAUAUGUG